UAUAAAAGCGGUCUGUCAUUUAUAGCAUCCAAUAUGGUUGGGGAUGUUUCUAUUUUAAUCACUGGAGGUGCUGGAUUUAUUGGUUCACAUACUGUUUUAGUACUUCUUGAGAAUGGAUACGAUAUUAUCGUAUUGGAUAAUCUGGUAAAUGCAUGGAAAGAUGAUUCAGAGCAAAUACCAGAAGUAUUGCAGCGAGUCGAAAGGUUGACUGGAAAGAAAAUCACAUUCUACCAAGUUGACCUUUGCGAUCAGGAUGCAUUAUCAGACGUCUUCAACAAGGUAAUGAUUAUUCCAACAAAUUAUUUCAAUGCAAUACAUUCUGCAGAAGGUUAUUGCAUACAAAUUAUAGUGUAUCCCAUACAAUGUAUAUAUUGUGACAACACAUUCUGUGAGCGGGUUGGCAUAGCUCAAAUUGAUAGUGAGUGGCUAUCGAUAAGAUAAGGUGCCAGCCAGCUA